GUACUCGGGAGCGAGCUGACUGUCUCCGAUGUUUCUCCGUCACGCAUUGAGGCUCCUGUAGCUGUGUAACUCCGCGGUGUCUGUGUGAGCUGACCGUCAGCGCCCUUUUACAGUUCAGUUGCUGUACUAAAGUGCUAAUUGCCAGCCGCUCACAACGCGAACACAUCGGCCCGCAGUGACUGAGUUGACGUCUGAGGUUAGCCGGGAAGCUAACGCUAACUCAGCUUGUUUAGGUUGGAAGGCUAACUAUAGCAUCAACUGAGGCCUCGUACGUCUGGUAAACAGCUCAGUCUGACCUACUGAGUCCUCAGUCCUCCCUGCAGAGCUGUGACCAACCACAGAAGAAGAGCAGGAGGACGAGGAGGAGGAAGAAGAUGGCCUCGGUGUCGGAGGUGGAGGCGUCAGACAGAGGAGGGAGGGGGAGGAGGGGGCCCUUGUCUCUUGAGGACUGCUGCUGUCCGGUGUGUCUGGAGAUCUUCAUGGAGCCAGUGACGCUGCCCUGCACACACACCUUCUGCAAGGUCUGUUUCCUGGAGUCGGUGGACAAAUCCACGCUGUGCUGUCCGCUGUGCAGGAAGAGGGUGUCCACGUGGGCCCGGCAGAACAGCAGGAACAACACUCUGGUCAACAAGCAGCUGUGGACGCAGAUCCAGACCUCCUUCCCUCUGCAGUGUCAGCGCCGCCUCAGCGGGCAGGACGUCAUCACCACGGACGGUCCAGCAGUGUUUUUUCCCAGAGUCAGUCAACCAGGAGAGCUGAGGCAGGAAUACGAGGACCAGGUCACCAAACUGACAGAGGAGAAGCGAGUGCUUGACGAGGAGGAGAGGAGGGCCAGUGAGGAGUACAUCCAGAGGCUGCUGGCUGAGGAGGAGGAGCUGCUGCAGGAGGAGAGGAGGAGGCGAGAAGACGACGAGAGGCUGGCCAGGCUGCUCAGCGACCAGCUGGUCCGUGUUUCUCAAAACUCGGCUGCCGUCUCUCAGGGAAACCUUCGCCCUGCUGAUGUCACUCCAGCCAAGAAGAAGAAGGAGGUCAUCAGCGGACAAAUCGAGAGGUUCUUGUGUCCUCGUCCUUCUAAAAGCAGCUCCUCAGCCUGCAGUUUAACAGCCAACAAGGAGAACAUCCUGAUCUCUCUGCAGGCUGAGCGUCCCCCUCCUCAGCUCGAUUAUUAUGGUGACACAUCAGAGGAUCCAGACCUUCAUCCAACCUCUCUGUCAGCUUCUGAGGAGGAUCGGCCCCAGCUGAGCAGAGAUGGAGGACCUUCAUCGGCAAAGAGGAAGAGCUCAGAGCUGGAGACAACAGUGGGCGAGGAGGCGGCCGUCACCAAACGAGCUUGUCACUCACCUUCUUCCUCUUCCUCCUCCGACCUGGAGGGGGGAGGGUCAGUCCUGCAGGGGACCACUGAGAUUAUGGAGCUGCAGAGCAGACGGCAGCAGCAGGAGGAGGAGGAUUGGAGGCUGGCUCUACUCCUGCAGAAGGAGCUGGACCAGGAAGAGAGGCAGAGGGCCACCAAUAGAAGCAAAGGAUCAUCAGACGCUUACCUGCUCCGCCAGAACCGCAAAGUGACGGCGGAGGCCAGUAGCUCAGACACACCCAGCAGAACCUCCAGAAAGACUCCAAAGACCCCCUCCUCCUCCUCCUCCUCUCCCUCUUCUGCAUCUGGAAAGACCCCAAAGGCCUCUACCCCCUCCUGUGUGGCAUCUGUAAAGACUCCAAAGACCCCCUCCUCCUCCUCCUCCUCCUCCUCCUCCUCAUCUGUAAAGACUACACAGACCUCCACACCCUCCUCCUCCAGCAGAGGCAGCAAACAGGCCACUCUGACUGAGAUGUUCACCUGUCUGAGCAGCUGAAAAAGUGUAUCAGCUGAACCUCCUCAUCUGACCGUCUCCUGAGCUCAGCGACUGCUUCGACGUUCGUGCACAUCAGGCUGGGAAAACACUUCUUGACGGACCUUUAAGAGACAAAGAACACUUUACUCUUAAAUGAAAAGAUUUCAGUGGAAACUGAAGCCACACACUUUUUGUUGUAGCCUCAAUAAAACUGAGUGCCUUUAAUCUGAA